ACAGGAGUGGAGGCAGGGCUGAUUCUUGGGAGGGGUGUGUAGGAAGGGGUGCGACUAAGUAACAGGGCGGAGUCAGCCGUAACAAUAGUGAACUCCUCUGGGUCAGAAGAACUGGGUCACUGUACAAAUAGGGAGACUGGGUUCCAAAGGGUUUGAGUCUGUGUGUGUCCGCCCUCCCAUUUCUGUGGGGGCUUCGUGCCUCCAAAGGGGUGACGCAAAGACCCCUGGGAGUUGAAGCCUUUCAAGCGUUGCUAUGGUGCCGGGGGCGGAGCGGGCGCUGGGGCCAGGGCGGCGGUUUGGCCGGGAGGCGGGGCUUUUGGAGGCCCGCCCCCGCCCCCGCCGCCAUGCGGCCCACCCGGACUGCUUUCUGGCUGCGCCUGGCCUUGCCCCUGGGCUUGGCCCUCGUUUGCCCCGCAUCUGUGGGGUUGGUCUCGGCCCGGGCCCCCAUCUAUGUCAGCAGCUGGGCCGUGCUGGUGUCUGAGGGUUACCGGGAGGCUGAGCGCCUGGCACACAGAUUCGGUUUCAUAAACCUGGGACUGAUCUUCCCAGAUGGGCAGUACUUCCACCUGCGGCACAGGGGUGUGGUCCAGCAGUCCCUGACCCCACACUGGGGCCAUCGCCUGCGCCUGAAGAAAGACCCCAAGGUGCAGUGGUUUGAGCAGCAGACUCUGCAGUGGCGUGUGAAGCGCUCCUUAGUGGCACCCACAGACCCCUGGUUCUCCAAGCAGUGGUACAUGAACAACAAGAUGCAGCCGGAUCUAAACAUCCUGCAAGUCUGGAACCAGGGGCUGUCAGGCCAGGGCAUCGUGGUCUCUGUCCUGGACGAUGGCAUUGAGAAGGACCACCCAGACCUCUGGGCCAACUAUGAUCCCUUGGCCAGCUAUGACUUCAACGACUAUGACCCAGACCCCCAACCACGAUACACUAUCAGUGAUGAGAACCGGCACGGGACCCGCUGUGCUGGGGAAGUGGCAGCCAUAGCUAACAACAGGUUCUGUGGUACAGGCGUCGCUUACAAUGCCCGAAUUGGAGGCGUGCGCAUGCUGGAUGGCACCAUUACUGAUGUCAUUGAGGCCCAGUCACUGAGCCUGCAGCCGCAGCACAUCCACAUCUACAGUGCCAGCUGGGGCCCCGAGGACGAUGGCCGAACGGUGGAUGGUCCAGGCAUCCUCACCCGAGAAGCUUUCAGGCGUGGCGUCACCAAGGGCCGAGGUGGGCUAGGCACGCUCUUCAUCUGGGCGUCUGGCAAUGGUGGCCUGAACUAUGACAACUGCAACUGCGAUGGCUACACCAACAGCAUCCACACUCUCUCUGUGGGCAGUACCACCCAGCGGGGUCACGUGCCUUGGUACAGUGAAGCCUGCGCCUCCACCCUCACCACCACCUACAGCAGUGGCGUUGUCACCGACCCCCAAAUUGUCACCACGGACCUGCACCACCAGUGCACCGACAAGCAUACAGGCACCUCAGCCUCUGCCCCACUGGCUGCAGGCAUAAUCGCUCUGGCUCUGGAGGCCAACCCGUUCUUGACAUGGAGAGACAUGCAGCACUUGGUGGUUCGUGCAUCCAGGCAGGCACACCUUCAGGCUGAGGACUGGAGGACCAAUGGCGUGGGGCGCCAAGUGAGCCACCACUAUGGCUAUGGGUUGCUGGAUGCUGGGCUGCUGGUAGACUUGGCUCGCACGUGGCUGCCCACACAGCCCCAGAAGAAAUGCGCUAUUCGAGUCCUCCACAACCCCACCCCCAUCCUGGCGCGGAUGCACGUGAAAAAGAAAGUGUCAGCCUGUGCUGGCCGUGCCAACUACAUCCGCUCACUGGAGCAUGUGCAGGUGAAGCUGUCACUGUCCUACAGCCGCCGGGGGGACCUGGAGAUCUCGCUCACCAGCCCCAUGGGCACCCGCUCCACACUUGUGGCCAUCAGGGACACUGUACCACUACACACUGCUGCUCUAUGGGACAGCUGAGGACAUGACAGUGCGGCCUCCAGGCCCCCAGGUGACCAGCCUCGCGUGUGUGCAGCGGGACACAGAGGGGCUGUGCCAGGGUGAGUGCCCAGUGAGGCAUGGCCCACUUGCUGGCAGUGUGCGUGUGCGGUCCAGGAUGGGUAGGUGGGCCAGGGCCGUACGCCUCAGCCUCACCUCCAUGUCCAUAUGCCCCAUGCAGAAUGCCACAAUCCUGCCUACAUCC